AUGUUGGAGGAUCAGGUGGCGUAUUUGCUACAUAGGUAUUUGGGGAACUAUAUCAGAGGACGCAAUAAAGAAGCCCUAAAAAUCAGUGUCUCGCGAGGGGAGCCUCUUAGGCUCGUUUCGCAGCGGUUUAGAUUGGGGAUUUCGACUUGCAUCAAAGCCAUAGAAAGAGUUGAUGCCCCUGCUGUUACUGUUGUUGAGCUACCCAUGCUUCACCCUGAAAAAUUUGUGAAGCUCGGGAUCGAUCCUGCAAAGGGCGUUCUUUGUUAUGGUCCUCCAGGUACUGGUAAAACUCUUCUUGCUAGAGCUAUGGCACGUUCCAAAAAAUCUUGUAUUGUGUUCUUUGAUGAAGCGGAUGACAUUGGAGGUGCACGGUUUGAUGACGGUGUGGGUGGAGACAAUGAGGUUCAGCGCUCCAUGCUUGAAAUUGUGAACCAGCUGGAUGGCUUAGAUGCUCAUGGGAAUAUUAAUGUUCUGAUGGCAACAAAUAGGUUUAGUUGGAUAGCCUCUGUCAUCCUUUCUUUCAGUUUAUUUUGCAUUACUGUCUGA